CGCCUCUCCGUUACCCGGGCAACUGGAGUAUCCAACAGGACCGGACGCGACAGAGGGACUGAGACAGGAACGGCAAGGCUGUUUCUUUCCAUGAACACAAAACUGCUGAGAUGUUUCUUGAGUGGACACUUCUACCGCUGGACCACGUGAAUGCACUUUUGGACCUCUCUGUGGACCAAGUCCAGCUGAGAUUUGAGGAUAUACUGGGUUUGAAAAAACACCAGACUUGUUUGAGGGAGGCAGCCCUGUUGGACUACUUUGUUGUGGGAUUUUGGUGGGCCAAAGAGAUGAACUUCACUUGUCAGCAGAUCUCGUUUAUCUUGGCCCUUUUACAGCUGUUACUUGACAACAUAAAAGACAAGCAGAUGCCCCGUUCUGAAAACUUCAAGGUUUUUGACAAGAAACUGCUCAGUGCCAGAAAAUCAUCAGCAGACACUGACGUGAAUCCAUUAUUUGAUUCAGAUCAAAUCAAAUCCAUUACGGAUUACUUCAAGAGCAGUCUUUUUCAGCAUUACAGACUGUACCAGUUCCUCUUCACUCAACCAAGAGAUGAGGUGCUCCUUGGAAUGGAGAGAAACAUUGACGUGGCUAAUUCAAAUGAUUUUGCUGCUCCCCUGGAGGAGGGAAUGCCAUCUGAAGUGUACUUCCGCUACAUGGCUUCCUCCCCUGCCACACCGCCCACACAGGGACUGGACGAAUGUCUAAACAAUGAGGAGGAACCUGGUAAAAGUCAACAGGCAGAGGGCCGUGAAAGCCUGGAAGGCUUCAGCGCGGAAGAUGUGCGAGAAGUUCUUGGGGAAAUGACCAAAGAGAUGCUAACAAAGCUGCAGGCAGACUUCGCAGAGAAAUUGCGAUUACAAGAGGAGACCUACGCCUCCAGGUUAGACAGUCUUAAGAGUGUGGCAUCCAAAUAACGCAGCCGAAGACCUGGAAGGCGACGCUCUGCUGUUUUUUUUUUUUUAAUUAUUUUGUUUAUUAACUGAAUUGCGUAACCAACCAUCCUAAAGCAACAGAAUGUGGCAUUACAAAAGAGCUGAAUGCACUUACAUUCCUGAGAGCUUGCACAAUAUAAAGGAGUGUGAUCUUGAUUUUUUCCUUUUCUUUUACAUCGGUUUGAAUUAUGUCAGUCUCUCCAUUGUUGACAGUGUAAGCGAAUUCAUUUCUUUCAGAAAGACGUUCAUUCUUUAGUAGCCAAGGUAAAGCGCAGGGCUAGAAUAUCCUUUAACAGCUAGCGAGCAAACGGAAUAUCUAAUUGAGUGGUUUGUAUAAUGUUUGUGUGGAGCUUUUCCCACAAGUCAUUAGCCGUCUGAAAGCAGCCCAGCACUAUGGCAACGCAGUGUAACUCACAGGCUAAAUAGCUGAGUUGCCAUAUAAAGUGAUGUAUUAUUAAAGCUGAAUAGUGGCUUUUCCACAGCAUUUGAAAAAAAGCCACUUACAACUAUAAAUAUCCACUGCAGUGUAUCUCAAAAAAACGCUGAUAAACUGUUUUCUCUCUUUCUCUUUGCUGCCCCUGUUUCUCUCCACUUUCUCAACGCAGUUCUUGCCCAUUUUCAAGCAUGUCCAGUUGUCCAGUCCAUAUACUCACCGGUUAGCAUCAAACAUCAUCAGUACCCAUGCUGGCAAGGAAGCUAUAUACUUGUGUCUUACUGUACGUGGUACUGUACCAGUCAGAGACGACCAUUCAGUCACAUCAGCCGUUAAGGACAAGCUGUUCAUUCUUCAGGCGAUAUUUGUGGGUAAAUUAGAUACAAGAUGAUCCAAGGAAGGGAAAAAAUGGAUUAAAAGAUUCUGAUAAAUUGGGACUCACAACGACCAUUCAGGACCGUGUAGACCAACAAAACUGUUACCAUAAGACAAACAGCACUUAAAGCUGUCGUCUUAGAGAGACAGGAGACCAUGGAGGGCCACUCUUGCUUCAGAUCUGAGAAAAAUCGCAAGAGUCCAUCAUUCUUCUCUGAGAAGGAAACAAAUAGAGAAAAGAGACGAAAACUUGAAGAUAAAACAAAGAAGUUGCUGAUGUUCAAUCAAUAUCGUUAAAUGUAUUUAGAAUUGAGCAGAAAAUGUUCUGAAUAAGACUGAAAAAAAAAGCUAAUUUCUUUGAAAAAACUGAAAAUCUCCCAAAAAGAAUGAAACCUAAUAAAGGGAAAACGUGAACACCUUAAUAUUUUAUAUUGUUAUUUCAUAUCAUGGCUGAGGCUUCUGUGUAAUUUUUUGAUUAAAUCAUUUACAAACAUGACCUGGCCGAAAGGCCCCAAUAAAAAAAGGUCCACGGCACAUAAAAACAGAUACAUACCAAAAGUAAAACAUAACAAAACAAACAAAAAAAUACAGAUUUACAUAAAACAAACCAAAAAAUAUGAAAAAAGCAGCAGUAAGGAUAGAGAAAAAUGAGUAUGUAUGAGUAUGUGCAUUAUUUUUAUCCAUGAUUAUUAACAAGAGCAACCGUCUACUAUUGUAUGUUUAAUUGUAUGCUUGAAAGUGGUAAGAGGUGUUAAAAUGGCAAGUUUAAUGGUGGUUUGUAAAGUAUUCCAAUCAUUUCAAUCAGAGUGUUGUACAUUGUGACAGACUGAAAUUUAUGGAGCACAUAAACUUUUAGGCCCACGUUCAGUUGACAUAAUAUCAAAUUACAUUAAUAUUUGCCCGUGUCUGUGCCACAUUCCUUUUUUCAAGCCUUGUUGAUUUAGUUCUUCAUUAGCCUGCGGGCUUUUUUGUUGACACAGUGGGGUAAACUGAGAUACUUAGCCUGAAUUCCUGAAGAACAUGUUCGUACAGCUUGUUGUUUCGAAUCGUUCUUUUUGUUCCCAAACUGAUUGAUAGAGUCGCUACUGAGCCAAGAGCUCAGUGACCUUUUCCUCAGUUCAUUGAGCAGAUGCAAAACAGUCCCUCUGCUGGCCAUGGGACCACAUUACAGAUAGAUCACCAACCUGCGCAGAUGAGGCCGGCUACAGCUUUCACCUGCCAUCAACGUUGAUAAAAGAAUAUUGUAGGGAGGGUUCAGGCUUUAGUGAUACGAGCAGCGAAUUGCUGAUGAAACAAGCCGUGCUGGCGUUCCUCGGGGAGCCCCUUUCAGUCCAGUGCAUAAUCUCAUGCUUUAGUGGCCUGUUCUUUCACGGCAGCAUAAACAUGCGCUUUAUGUGAUGUGUUUACAUUUCUGUCUUCGGCAGUUGGUGUGGUCUUGCCUCUCGUCAGCGCUGGUGGGGAUUUGCUCCAUGGUCGGAUGUCAAAUAGAAAGCUUUGUUUAUAAUAUGUUUGCUGUAAAAGAGCCAUAUGUGGUUAACCAUCAAGCUAAUUAAAAAUAGAUGGCAUCACCGUUUAA